UGUAGAAUUUUCCUGAUGUCGAAGACAUGUUGUGUGAUAGGGGCGGGGGUAGCGGGCCUGGCGGGCGUCAAGCAGUGCCUAGAAGAGGGAAUCCAACCUUCGUGUUUUGAAAAAGAUUUUGAUAUUGGUGGAUUAUGGCAUUAUAGAGAUUUCGCGUCCAAUGACCAGGAACCGAGCCUAUAUAACUCGUGCAGCAUCAACACGAGUAAAGAGAUGACAUGCUACAGUGACUUCCCUAUACCGAAAGAAUUCCCAAACUUCAUGCACCACACCCAUUUCAAGAAAUAUCUUGAUCUUUAUGCAGAAAACUUUGGUUUGAUGAAAUACAUCAAAUUACAGACCGAAGUUAUAAAGGUAGAAAAGGCGGAAAACUUUGAAGAGACUGGUCAGUGGAUCGUUACAACCAGAGACUUGAAAUGCAAUAAAACCAGCAAAGAAAAGUUCGACUUUGUGAUGAUCGCCAACGGACACUUGACAGAGCCGAACCGACCGAGCUUACCAGGGCUAGAUAAGUUCAAAGGAAAAGUUCUUCAUACCCACGACUACAAGGACUUCCGAGGCUAUGAGAAUCUGAAUAUACUGAUUGUUGGUAUUGGCAACUCGGCCGCUGAUGUUGGAUGUGAGCUUAGCCGGCACGCUAAACAUGUAUAUAUGAGUACACGUCGAGGAACGUACACCAUACAGCGUGCAGCAGACUACGGCGUUCCGUACGACCACAUUGCAAUCACACGUUUCCGACAGGCGUUGUCAUGGAAACUUAUGAGACCGUACCAUUUCUACAAACUGAAUUACCGAUACAAACACCGUAACUAUGGUCUUUCACCAAAUUUCAACUUCGAAUCAGCCGGUGUUACCAUAAGCGACGAUUUACCGAACCGUAUCCUUCUUGGUGCCAUCAGCAUACACAACGAUGUAAAGCAUUUUACGGAAGACGGCGCUGUCUUUGUUGAUGGUACAGAGGUCAAGGACAUCGAUGUUGUUGUUUUAGGGACUGGAUAUGUUUAUAGCUUUCCUUUCCUGGAUGAGUCAAUUAUUAGGAGGAAUGGCCACUUUUCAUAUCUUUAUAAACUGGUAUGGCCAACGGAAUUGAACCCUUCCACAUUAGCAGUCAUUGGACUCGUCCAGCCGUUUGGUCCCCUGCCUCCAGUACUAGAAGCACAGGCAAGAUGGGCAGCAAACGUGUUUGCCGGUCACAGUAAACUGCCAACGAAUGCCAUAAGAUUAAACGCUGUAGAAAAUUGGCGGGAAUUCAUUAGGAAGAAAUAUGUUGACUCCCCUCGAUAUACGACACAGAUAUAUUUCAUCCAGUACAUUGACGAAGUCGCCAAUUUCAUCGGAUGUAGACCAAACCUCUGGAAACUGUUCUUCCAAGACUUCAAACUCUGGUACAGGGUGUUUUUCUGUCCAGCUACGCCUCCACAAUGGAGACUAGAAGGUCCUGGAAAAUGGGAAGGCGCAAGAAAAGCAAUUGGUCACGUGCGAGAAAAAACCUGGUACCCUAUGCAAACAAGAAAAGCUGGGGACCAUGAACAGGAUGGGCUGUAUGACGGGUGGAUCGAACUGUUCAAGAAAUUUGCUAUUAUUAUUUUAGGGUUAAUACUGAUGACAUUCUUGUUUUCGAAUGGAUAUCACACGUAUCUUAUAAGAAAUUGAAGGGUACUCACAAACAUUCAAAAAGAUACUCAGUUUUUGGUAGCUCAUAUGGUUGCAACGGUCCUCUGUAGCCGGACAUGUUAUAGUUAAAUAUUAUGAAUGCUUUAGAGUUUUGGUGACAGUACAUUCCAUCUAUUCAUCUUAAGAUAUAAAAACACUUGUAAAUAUAUAUAGGUCACCAUAAGUAAUAAUUAUUCUUUUUAGAUUUUAACCUGAUGAUCACGUAUACCAUUUCUUUAUAAGAGGACUUCUAGAUUGACCCUCAUGCAUUGUUUUUACAUUUUGAAAGCAAAAGAAGUAUACGCUUACCUCUCAUAUAAUAAAACAAAUUGUUUUCUUUUAUGAAUAAAGUUAUAUUUAAUCAAA